AAGCCGGCUUAGGUUAGCAAUCAUUCUUCGGUUUAGAGGAAAGGGAGAAAAGGAAGAAAAGGGAUCGGCGACGAUGCAAAUCUUUGUGAAGACGCUCACGGGGAAGACCAUCACCCUUGAGGUCGAGAGCAGCGACACAAUCGACAACGUCAAGGCCAAGAUCCAAGACAAGGAAGGUAUUCCGCCUGACCAGCAGAGGCUCAUCUUUGCCGGGAAGCAGCUCGAGGAUGGACGAACUCUAGCGGAUUAUAACAUUCAAAAAGAGUCGACCCUUCAUCUGGUGCUGAGGCUUAGGGGUGGAAUCAUUGAGCCUUCUCUUAUGGCUCUUGCCCGGAAGUACAACCAGGAAAAGAUGAUCUGCAGAAAGUGUUAUGCUCGUUUGCACCCAAGGGCUGUUAAUUGCCGUAAAAAGAAGUGUGGCCAUAGCAAUCAGCUGAGGCCUAAGAAGAAGAUCAAGUAAGCUUGAGGCUCAAUGAUGAUUUCUCGAUCUUCUGGUGGGACUAUUUACCUCUUAUUUUUUCCAUCAACACUUGCUAAUUUUUAGUUUCUGUUGAAUUGUAGUUAAAUAUGAAGUUCUCAUAUUGACUUUCAAUUUCCAUCCAUUAAUGCAUCAAUGCUUGUUUGCAUUUUAUCAUCAAAUGAUGAAUAUUUUAUUUUCAA